CUGCCCCUUGCUACCGGCCGUGAUACUUGGGAUCUGCUGUACACCAGACAUCCUCAAUCACCAACUCGGAUUACCGCUACAACCCAGCGCAACCAUCUCUACGUCUAUACCUGCGCUCAACACCGUGUUCCUUGCAGUUCCGUGGCCAACCUGCCGUGUUGGGGAAAUGUUUGUCAUGAUUUCGAGCGCCAGAAACCGCCAAUGUUUGAGCCACCCGGCUGCCCACAUAUCCAGGAUAUGUGCCCGGUUCUGGAGACGUGCUGGGUAAUUAGAACCGAGUCCAUGGACGGAUGGGUCAACUAGUAUAAGAAGACUGCUGGAACCCUUUGUCUUCCACCCAAACUCCGACAACAGGCUUCUACACUUCAGACACGAUACACAUCAUGCGCUCCUCCACUAUUCUGCAAACCGGGCUAGUGGCCGCUCUUCCCUUCGCCGUUCAGGCCGCUUCCGGAUCCGGCCAGUCCACCAGAUAUUGGGACUGCUGCAAACCAUCUUGCUCCUGGUCCGGCAAGGCUCCUGUCAACCGCCCCGUCCUCGCUUGCGACGCAAACAACAACCCCCUGAGCGACGCCAGUGUCAAGUCUGGAUGUGAUGGCGGUUCCGCAUACACCUGUGCCAACAACUCGCCAUGGGCGGUAAACGACCAGCUCGCCUACGGCUUUGCUGCCACGAAACUCAGUGGUGGAACCGAGUCAUCUUGGUGCUGUGCCUGUUAUGCCCUUACCUUCACUUCGGGCCCUGUUGCUGGCAAGACCUUGGUCGUUCAGUCUACCAGUACCGGCGGUGAUCUCGGCUCUAACCACUUUGAUAUCAACAUGCCCGGGGGCGGCGUCGGCCUGUUUGAUGGAUGUACACGACAGUUCGGCGGUCUUCCCGGCGCUCAAUAUGGCGGCAUCAGCUCCCGCAGCCAGUGCGAUUCAUUCCCUGCCGCGCUCAAGCCCGGUUGCCAGUGGCGCUUCGACUGGUUCCAGAACGCCGACAACCCCAACUUCACCUUCAAGCAGGUCCAAUGCCCAUCCGAGCUCACCUCCCGCACCGGCUGCAAGCGAAACGAUGACUCCCAAUUCCCUGUCUUCACUGCGCCCUCUGGUGGAGGCACCAACCCCUCUACUCCGACAACCCCUCCCUCUUCAGGCGGCGGUUCCGGAUGUACGGCGGAUAAAUACGCUCAGUGUGGCGGCUCGGGGUGGUCUGGCUGCACCAACUGCCCGUCUGGAUCGACCUGCAAGACUAUCAACGAUUAUUACCACCAGUGUGCCUGAAUGGUGCCAGAUGGUAUGCUGUGUGACCGUGCCUCGAGGCGAGAGUUAGGACGAUUUUAGAGGAAUCGGUAGACAGCACGAUCCUCCAGUAUAAUUUGACAUUCUGAUGAGCAUUGAU